AACCUCCACUUUCUUCACACACUUUCUGUUCUUUCGCAGCAAACAUAAUAUUUUUUCCCUCGCACUUGUCUGUCAAUAAUCAAUCAAUCAAUAUACAGCAGAAGCAGUUUUGGUUUCUCUUUUUCAUAGGAAUACUAGGCGUUCCAAUGGAGCUGAUUCCUGGCCUUCCAAAUGAUGUAGCCAUCGAGUGCCUUAUUCGAGUCCCAUUCAGCCAAAUAUCAAAGGCUGCAUCUGUUUCCAAGAAUUGGAAGGCAGAAAUUCAGCUGCCAGAAUUUCGGCAGCGAAGGAAGGCUGCUGGAUUUACCCAACCCCUCAUCGCGAUGACACGAGCAGAUAGCAACCUGAAUGAGCAUAUCCGCGAUGAUGAUGACGGCGGUGCUAGACGCUUACAUCAUUACCUGCUCAAAAUCUGUGAUCCUGAACGACGCUUUUCGUACGAGGUGCCUUCGAUCCCAGGACUCUCCAAGGGUGUGCCGAUGUUUUGCCAAGUUGCAGGAGUCGGGACAAACCUGGUAGUGAUUGGCGGGUAUGACCCGGUUUCUUGGAAAACCUUGAAUUCAGUCUUUAUUUACGAUUUCCUGACCGCCACGUGGCGAGAUGGGGCUGCUAUGCCAGGUGGACAGAGAUCAUUCUUUGGCAGUGCUUCUGAUGGUGAUCAUAGGAUCCUCGUUGCAGGUGGACAUGAUGGCAACAAAAACGCACUUGCAUCUGCGCUGAUGUAUGACGUGGCCAAGAAUGAGUGGGUCGUGUUGCGUGACAUGGCGAGAGAGCGUGACGAAUGCAAGUGCAUUUUCCACCGUGGCAGAUUCCAUGUCGUUGGUGGUUACUGCACGGAUCGGCAAGGGGAUUUUGAGAGCAGUGCAGAGGCACUCGAGCUUGAUGAUGUUGACGGCUGGAAGUGGGAUGAGUUAGAAAACAUCCAUGAAAUGGAUCUAGCGUUGACCAAAAUAGAGGUUCCCGGCGGGCAUUCGGACACCGUUCAUGUUCAGUCUUGUUGCUAUUUGGAGGUUUGAGGUAUACUUUUCAUCUGUAACAUGCAGUUUGUUUGUACUAGAGUACGUUGACAAGGCAUAACUAGGAAUGUAAAUAAGGUUUAGUC